UUCUGACUUCUCCGUACUUGUUCGGACCCCCACCGUGAGCAAAGGCAUUCGAAGAUGCGUCGUGGCUUCUACGCAUGACUUCGCACCGCUUGAAAUGACAACGGGUCGCUGCAUCGCUCUCUCCUCUAUAAGUUUGAGUAACACCUUGCUCCCAUUUGGAUAACUGGGACUUUUGGUACUAUUCAUUUCAUGGGUAUCACAGAAGAAACAGCUUCAAGUUCAAUUUACCGGCGAAUUCAAGUUUUAAGAUCGGAGCUAAUAAGCAACAGCAAUAGUACCUUAGCGCUGCAGUUAUGGAUAAUGUAUGUAGUUUUAACAUUAAACGACUAAGGAUAUGACAUUUGAUAGAGCAUUAACCCAUUUAAUAUAGGCUUAUACCCGAAGUAUAUCUUAGAUAGUUGAACGUUUAUUUUGAACGUUUAAUGUGAAAGGAUGCCUGUUCGACGGGGACACGUUGCGCCUCAGAAUACAUUCGUGGAUACAAUCAUCCGUACAUUUGAAGGCCAAAAUCGCAAAUUUAUCAUUGCCAACGCCCGGGUGGAGAACUGCGCUAUCAUCUUCUGCAAUGACGGCUUCUGUGGCAUGUGCGGCUACACCCGUGCCGAGGUGAUGCAAAAGCCGUGCACCUGCAGCUUCCUGUACGGCCCGCACACAGCGCGGCCGGCCGUGGCACAGAUGGCCAAAGCUCUACUGGGCUCGGAGGAGAGGAAGGUGGAGAUCUCACUCUACAGGAAAGACGGUGUGUGUUUUCCCUGCUUCGUGGAUGUGGUGCCAGUGAAGAAUGAAGAUGGCCUGGUGAUCAUGUUCAUCCUGAACUUUGACCUUGUGGACCAGCGUGACUUCCCAGUGACCUCUUCUCCCAACAGAGAGCUCAACCACAAACUGCACAUCCCCUGGCUCUCCAUUGCUCGGCGGCACCGGUUCAGGCUGCCGUUGCCUCUGCUGCGCUCUCUGAGCAGAAGGCACUCGCUGCAGGACGACACAGAGUUUGGCCUCCCCUCCAUGGGCCACGAGUCGGUGACGCUGGACAAGCUCAUCUCCCUCCCGGAGCAUCGGGAGCUGGGGGCUCCUCCUCCGCCGCCUUUGCUCCUGUGGGAAGAAACACCCCAAAGUGCCUCCAGAACCCCCCAGCGUCGGCAUCAUCAUCAUCAUCAUCAUCAUCAUCAUCAGCCGCCGCCGCAGCCACGCUCCCCAGCCCUGCGCAAACCGCUCUCCCAGGGCCGCUCCCAGUCCUCCCCGAGACUGCACUCCCUGCGGCCGGAGGACCUGGCCUCCUCCAGCGUCAGCCUGAGCCACAGCCGCUCCUGUGAGAGCCUGUGCAGCUCACAGCCCUCCGUCUCCCCCCGCCACCGUACCUGGGACGGCCGACUGCCCUCACGGCCCAGCAGCACAGGUACUGUGAUCAAUAAAGCCGGCAUGCGGAACUCCACCUCAGACUCCGACCUGAUUCGCUGCCGCUCCUUCAGCAAAAGCCAGCAGAGCUUCGGCGACUCCAAGCCGGACCCCUGCGCCACCCUCCCGCACAGCGAGAUUGACAUCAUCGCCCCGUGCAAGCUCGUAGACCGCACCCACAACGUGACCGAGAAGUUCACUCAGGUACUCUCCCUGGGCGCUGAUGUGCUUCCCGAAUACAAGCUCCAGGCCCCGCGGAUCCACAAAUGGACCAUCCUGCACUACAGCCCCUUCAAAGCAGUGUGGGAUUGGGUGAUCCUGCUGCUGGUCAUCUACACGGCCGUCUUCACGCCCUACUCGGCCGCCUUCCUGCUGAGCGAUGCGGAGGAGGCUGCCAUGCUGAGCUGCGGCUACUCCUGCAGUCCGCUCAACGUGGUGGACCUCAUCGUGGACAUCCUGUUCAUCCUGGACAUCAUCAUCAACUUCAGGACGACGUACGUCAACAACAACGACGAGGUGGUGAGCCACCCGGUACGAAUCGCCGUGCACUACUUCAAGGGCUGGUUCCUCAUCGACCUGGUGGCAGCCAUACCCUUUGACCUCCUCAUCUACCGGUCUGGGGAAGAGACAACAACCCUCAUCGGGCUCCUGAAGACCGCUCGACUGCUGCGAUUGGUGCGUGUGGCCCGUAAGCUCGACCGUUAUUCCGAGUACGGGGCGGCCGUUCUCUUCCUGCUCAUGUGCACCUUCGCGCUGAUCGCCCACUGGUUGGCCUGCAUCUGGUACGCCAUCGGCAACAUGGAGCGGAGCAACUCCUCUCGCAUCGGCUGGCUGAACUCCCUCGGCGAGCAGCUGGGGAAGCCCUACAAUCACUCCAACUCCAACUCCGGCCCGUCCAUCAAGGACAAGUACGUCACGGCCCUCUACUUCACCUUCAGCAGCCUCACCAGCGUGGGCUUUGGCAACAUCUCACCCAACACCAACCCGGAGAAGAUCUUCUCCAUCUGCGUCAUGCUCAUUGGCUCGCUGAUGUAUGCCAGCAUCUUUGGGAACGUUUCGGCCAUCAUCCAGCGCCUUUACUCUGGAACAGCGCGGUACCACGCCCAGAUGAUGAGGGUGCGAGAGUUCAUCCGCUUCCACCAGAUCCCCAACCCUCUGCGCCAGAGACUGGAGGAGUACUUCCAGCACGCAUGGUCCUACACUAAUGGCAUAGAUAUGAAUGCAGUGCUGAAAGGCUUCCCUGAAUGCCUGCAGGCAGAUAUCUGCCUCCACCUGAACCGCUCCCUGCUGCAUGACUGCAAGGCUUUCCAGGGCUCCACCCAGGGCUGUCUGCGCGCCCUGGCCAUGAGGUUCAAGACCACCCACGCUCCUCCAGGAGACACACUGGUCCACGCCGGCGACGUCAUCUCAGCACUCUACUUCAUCUCGCGCGGCUCCAUCGAAAUCCUCCGUGACGAUGUGGUGGUCGCCAUCCUGGGGAAGAAUGACAUCUUUGGGGAGCCCAUCAACUUAUACACACGACCGGGGAAGUCCACGUCGGACGUCAGAGCACUGACCUACUGUGACCUGCACAAGAUCCAGAGAGAGGAUGUCCAAGAUGUUCUGGACAUGUACCCAGAGUUCUCUGACUGUUUCUGGAGCAACCUGGAAAUCACUUUUAACUUGCGUGAUACUAACAUGGCUGUGGAUUCAUUGAGCAGUGAGGACUCAGACAGUCAUAGUUCCAAUCCCAACAUUCGCAGGAAUAAGUAUUCUUUUCAUCGCAAGAAUCGCAGAGCAUCAGAUAACAGCAGCGCAGGGGCUCCAUCACAGUCCCAGAGAAACUCCCGCCAUGCGGCCCGGUGCCCAGGAGACGAGCCGAACCCCAAGGUCAAAGGUCAUGGUAGGCCUGGCUCCUCUCCUCCCUGCUCCAGUAGCGAUGAGGAGGUGGAGUCCGUCCUGACGUCUCAUUCCCAGAGCCAGUCCACUCCGCUUGCCAUGAGCGACGCUGCAGAGGUGGAGAAGGAGAAGAGCAGCAACAGCUGUAAUGCCCUGUCAGGGGCUUUCUCAGGGGUUUCCAACAUCUUCAACUUCUGGGGGGAGAAUCGUGGCCCUGAGUACCAGGAGGUCCCCAGCCGCAGUCUCACUGCACCACCUACCUCUUCCCCUGGUGCCCUCCUGCAAGGCUUCACACGCAGACAGAGCAGUGAGGUGGAGAACCGGCUAGAGCUGCUGCAGAGGCAACUCAACAGGCUGGAGACUCGCAUGUCAACAGACAUUGGGGCCAUCCUGCAGCUGCUGCAGAGGCCGAUGGCUCUCGUCCCCCCCUCUUACAGCUCAGUGUUAUCCCCAUCUCAGACGUUGCCCAGCCCUCCCACACUGGAUCAGAACAUGGUGCAUUCUGUCCCCCUGCUGGCCACAGAGAGGCAGGUAAUAUGGAUGUUAGAACAGCAGGACCUCCUUGUGGGAUCUUUUAAUCCUCCUGAUGAUGGUGGGCCCACGCAGCUACAGCCGUUUGACCUUCCUCCUCAAGACCUGCCAACGAAUCAGGCCCAGAGCCACACUGUCUUUGGGAUCCCCCAAGAAAACGAUAUGAACUCGAGCAUCCUGGAUUUCACACCAGGCAUCAAUUUAGAGAGUAUAUCAGUAAAUGUAUACAACCACAUGGGGAGUCAGCCCCAGGGGUUGGCCAGUGACUCUGAACAUGUGCUUAUGGACUGCUACCCUUUUGGGCCCCAGGCAGAGUCAGGGUCGGGGACAAGGUCAGCCUGCCCAAGCCUGGACGGAUAUCGAAGACGGCUCUCUUUGCCGGAUCAGCACUCUGCCCUGGAUGAUCCCAGUGCCCCCCAAAGACAUGCCUCAGACCCAGGGAGUUAGGAUGGGGAUCUGCUGUGCAUCUCACAAUUUUUGGCAUAUCUGUGGAAACUAAAGCCAUCAAUGAGAGUGUUUACUGAUCACAAACACGUUAGCCAUAAGUCGUAAUGAAAACAGGACUGAGUCAAUGUUGACACUGAUGGUCCGUUGUGAGUGUGAGGAGCCAGUCCUGGGCGCCAGAUGUAUUCUGCUAUAUGUGUGUGUUGAGUUUUAAAUGUGAGUGGGCAUUAUUAGCCUGUUUUUAUGAGACUCUAUAACCAAUCCAAAAAUUUGAAGCUGGAGCUCAAAGUACAGCAGCAAACAGACAGCAGACAGCGAAUGUGUGUGGUGAUCUUAUCAACCUGUAUCGGUAGACUGCUGAAGGAAAAUCAGCCUGGUCAGCGUGAUCUCUCCAAAAAAAAGCACUCAAUACCACAUCAGUCCCCAGGUGUGUACUCACAAAGCACAGCAGGCCCAUCUUCCCCCACAAGACUAGUGAUGAACAAACCUAUGCUUGUGUUAGCUGGUCUAACACAAACACUGUGUUGUGCCCUGUGAUGUCAUCGGAUUUCAUGACAGCUAUGUUUUAUUUGUCAUUAUCUGGUUGGGUGCUUUGAUGAACAUAUCUGAUUCACAGUUUGCCAUGUGAAUGGAUCUAUGAUAUAAGCCACAAGGCCAACGCUUUGUGAACUCUUCUAUUCUCUUUGAAAGCUCUAAUAAUAUUAUAACUUUUAUUGGUAUGUCACCCCACAGAGAAAGCGUUCAAUCCUAUCACCUGCCCAUCAAAGUAUCAGAGGGUAUAUUCACUGCAUUUUCCAUCAGUUUCAAAUGAGAAAUGUAAGAAAGGCGAAAUCGUUGUAUGUACGUGUCUUAGACAGCAAGCUCUCUUAUACCAAAUUAUAUUUCACUUGUUGACAAAAAAUUUCACUAUCAGAAAAUAAUAUGUUAAUAUUAUGCAUUCUGACUGGAAGACCAGCAUUAAAAUAAUUUAGUUGUACAUUUGACCAAAGUAAAAUAUGUAGUAUAAUGCAAUAUUCAGCUAUGGCAUUGUUGUAGAAAGCACUCUUACAUUGCAAGCAUAAUAUUUUCCUGAGAGAAUGUAGUCUGUUAUGAGAAAAUGUACUGUACAUGUGUUCUAGAAUGUUAUGCAAUAUAUAAGUAGAGUAUUUAUUAAUUAAAUAAAAUGUAGAUAACUCAUAAAGUAUAAUUUAAAUGAUUGACAAUAACUUAUUUGCAUCCUUGAAAUAAAUAAAAAUUAUGAACAUGAUCUUAUCUUAUUGUGUAUGAUUUGCUAAAUCAUCUUGAUUCCAAAAAUGUGCUGUUUAUACUGUCAGAGGCAUGAGCCUCACUUCCUUAUUUACCUAUUUCUCAUUUGUUAUUACAUCAUUAUUUGGUAAUAUGUUUGGGUAUUUCAUCAGUUUAGAUUGCUACGUGUAUGUAUAAUCAUCUACAUUUCUUUUAGAUGGUAUAUUUGUUGAUGCACAAUUCAUGUCAUGAUGAGGUAAUAAUAAAGUCCCGUUGUUGCCUUUAAUCUAAUAAAUCAGGGUUUACUUUGGACCACAAGGAUUACUCUAGCUCAAGUAUAGCCAAAUUAUGUAAUGCACGUACACAUGUUUAAUUCACAUGUGUAUUUGAAUUAUAUAAACACGUAAUGCAACUACAA